AUGCCCUCUUCCCUCUCUGCAACAUCCGAUCAGCCCAAUAUGAGCUAUCUGUCAGCGUCACAGUCGCAAAUCGAGAUAGAAGACCAACCUAUUGUGCGACCCUUCAGAGCGAGCGCUCUACUUUCUACGCAUCUUCCUCCAACUCAACAUCAUCCACCUUCGUUUCCUGGCAUCGGCCAAACCCUUGAUGCUGAAGGCAGAGUUUUACCAAAUGAAGGGCGAAUGCCAGAUGAUGGUCACGCUCAUGUCCAGGCAACGGUCAAAAUGGAUGGCAGUGACUCGCAUAUACAACCACCCCCAGCAACUUCUUCGACCACACCAGUGAUAGGCUCAAAAGAACGCAUGGAAACCAGCGUGCCCCUUCAUCAUAAGACCAAAUUGAAAACCUGGCCUCUUUUACCAGUUGAAUGUGAGAAAUGGUCCGAGGAGGAAUACGCCUUGAGCUUCAAGAAGGUGGUGGAAUACCUAAGAGAAAGGGUCGAUCACCAUGACAGGCUGCGUAAUAGUGCACGAAACAUCCUCUACAGGCUCAUGAAGGUGGGAUCAUCGUUGGAGAGCGCAAAACCAUCCGUAUUGGUUAUGUGCAAUGCUAUAGACUGGGGCUCUCUGAACUCAUUGCUCAAGAGCAUGCCAAGUCAAGAGUAUAAUUGCAUGAUACCAUCGACAUGGGAUCGUGCACAAAAACUUCUGUUUCGAGAUAGAGGCUUGUCUAGAAUGUCAACCUUGAAACCGAUCCUGUGGCUUUAUCUCUGUCCCACCAGCCUCGAGACAUUGAAGAGGUUAUAUGGUGUACCUGUUAGCAUUGAAUGCUCCUCGCUCGUAACCAUGUGUGGAUCUUUGGUUGAAUUCGAGGGCCGUCAAUCGACGAUCUCAUUGUCGUUGGAUAUCGAUGGGGAACACCGCCUUCUCACUGUCGAGCACAUAUUUCAGGGCAAUCAAGUAGAGAAUGACAGGCCCCAAAUGAAUUUGGACCCAGAAUCUCUAGCGUCAAUUGAGGGAAACAUUGAACAAUGGGACUGUCUCAACGAUAGCGAGGAUGAUAUCUCGAUGGACCCAGACACGGGCCCGAACCAUGAUGACGGCCAAAUGGAUGGAAUAUUACCAGCGACCUUCAUCAACUACAACCUAAUCCGAGUUAGCCAUAAAUUGACGAGGGCUAGACUUAUGGCCCAUACCCGGCUCUCCCAUUAUCACAAACGAGGUGAGCGGGUCGAACCUCCAAACAGUCUACCUCAUCAGAGCUCAUACCUUGACUGGGCAUGUCUGCGCCUUGUGGAUUAUCAAAUGGUACCAAGGCAACGAUGCAAUUUUCUGUUUCGACCCGGGAAACCCCCAGGUCUACUGGAAGACUUCGCCACCAAACCACGUACUCAUGCGGUUCCAGUUUUCAUGAUAUCUGGAAUACUCGGAGUGAGAUCCGGUCGAUUGAUUGAUUCCCCCAGCUAUCUUGGCUCCUCUGCCUCCAAGGAGCAAGAACUUUGCGAAACCUGGACAAUCAUUCUUGACCAACAAGGUUUUUACCCUGGUGAAAGUGGUUCCAUCAUAGUAGAUCAAGAGACGCUCAAGAUAUAUGGUCACCUAGUUGGUUCAGACAUGUUCGGGUAUGGACAUGUAGUCCCAUUCUCGCACACCAUGGGGCAGAUAAAAACGGCGUUCAAUGCUGACAACGCCGGACUCCCGAGUCUUAAAAGCAACGGUCCAAACCAGGAAUAUGACAUGAACGAUAGGGAUUACAAAAUGCUGGCGUAUCUCCUGCGUAAUGAGUCGCCAAGUAUGUCCCAGGUCCAGCAGCUCAUCCAACGGGGCGCCGAUGUGAAUAGGCCUGAUACUGAUGGCGAGACUUUACUCUGUAUGGCUGUAAGAAAAGGAUAUCUGGCUGUUGUUGAGCUCCUUCUUAGAAACGGUGCAGAUUUAUCUGUACCUGGUAGAUCUGGUGAGACGCCAGUCUGGGCAGCUGCGAACAAAGGACAUCUAGCUGUUGUUGAGCUCCUUCUUAAAAACGGUGCAGAUUUAUCCGUGCCUAAUGACGCUGGUGAGACACCGGUCUGGGGAGCUGCAAUCGAAGGACAUCUAACUGUUGUUGAGCUCCUUCUUAAAAACGGUGCAGAUUUAUCCGUGCCUAAUGGAAAUGGUGAGACACCGGUCUGGGCAGCUGCGAACGAAGGACAUCUAGCUGUUGUUGAGCUCCUUCUUGGAAAUGGUGCAGAUUUAUCCGUGCCUAAUAAAUCUGGUAAGACGCCGCUUUGGAGAGCUGUGAAAAAUAAUUAUCUGCCAAUCGUCAAGCUACUAUUCUGCCUGGGCGUUGAGAUGAACUGCAAAAAUGACCGCAACCGAACGCCACUGUGGAAGGCUAUACAAUAUGACCAUCGCGAUAUUGUUGAGGCGCUAAUUGAAGCGGGUGCUGAGGUGAACAUCAGGGACAAAUACGGAAGCACGCCGCUCUUAUAUGCUGUACAAAAUGGCCAUUCAGAUGUUACCCAGCAGCUAAUUAAAGCAGGUGCUGAAGUUAACGCCGGGGGUUCAGACGGAUGCACGCCGCUCUUAUAUGCUGCACUAAAGGGGCGUUCAGAUAUCAUCCAGCAGCUCAUUGAAGCGGGUGCUGAAGUUAACGCCGGGGAUCAAGACGGAUGCACGCCGCUCUUGUGUGCUGUACAGUCAAGGCGUUCAGAUAUCAUCCAGCAGCUCAUUGAAGCGGGUGCUGAAGUUAACACCGGGGAUCAAGACGGAUGCACGCCGCUCUUGAAAGCUACAAGACACGGGUAUUCAGAUACCGUCCAGCAGCUUAUUGAAUCAGGUGCCGAAGUUGACACUAAGGAUAAAGACGGGCACACCCCUGUCUUGAUAGCUACAAGAUACGGGUAUUCUGAUAUCACCCAACAGCUAAUUAAAGCAAGUGCCUUGUUGGAUAGCAAGGAUGAUCAAGGGCAAACGGCGCUCUUUAUCGCCGUACAGAGGAGGAAUCACGGUAUUAUUCAAAUGCUAAUCGAAGGAGGUGCUGCUACAGAUGUCGAAGAUAACCGGGGACGAACGCUACUCACGUUAGCUAACAAACUAAAGGUCGAUUUGCCCAUGCACUUAGCUAAAGCCAAAGUCUCUGUGGAUGAGAGAGAAGGCUAG